AUGGUUCAAGCAAAGACGAAAGAGCUCAAGAUUACAAAAGUGUUUAACGCGGACCAAACGGGCAAAACAAAGGAGAGAGUGGCGGUCAUGCUUCUGGGUGAUAGCGAUGGAAACAAAUUUGACCCCUUUCUCGUCAACAAGACCAAGCUAUCCAAGAUCGCCGAGACGGCGAGGGAGAACACAGCAACGCACCAUGGGUUCGAGCGUCUUCUAUGGUCGGAACUGGAUCCACUUCAGCGUGGUGUACAUAUCUAUGGAAACGCUACAGCUUGGCCAGACAGGCAUGAGGGCGAGCUGCUGCUGUGGGAUGAAUUUUCAGGAUACUGGCGCCAGGACGUACAGACCUUUGCUAGGCUGUUGAACGUCGAGCUGUUGAAGCCGUUUAACGCGCGACUUCGCCACAAGUGCGUUGAGUUCUUGCUGGAACAAGUUCGGGCUGCCGGUGCUGCGGUGGCGUUCAAGAUGACGCGGCUAUUACAGACCAACCUACUCCGUUGGAUCAAGGACGCAUGGACAUCUCUUUCGUAG